GACUCGUGAAAGGUUGUAAAGAAUGGCGCAUGCCGUCUUAGCUCUUACAGUGCUUUUGUGCGUGAUAAUCGGUUUGGUUGAAGGAGCGGCCUUAUUCGUGGGGCGGCCCUACUAUGAUGAAGCUUUCUAUCCGAAAGAUUUUGAUGGCGUUGUCAGUAAUCUAGAACUUGCAAAAGUAGUGCCAUGGAACAAAACGACGCUGACCUACAGGGUUAUGAACUAUCCGUCACGGAUGCCUUCGACUGCCAUCAGGGAAACCGUUCGGCGUGCUUUUGACUCGUGGAGUAAAGUGACUAAACUGGAUUUUGUGGAACAAACGCGUGGUCCAGCCAAUGAGCUAGAUCUUCAGCUGAGUUUUGAAGCCCAGAAUCAUUAUCGGCGGGGAGUUCCUUGUAUGUACAGUAGAGAGCAAACGGUGGCUCACGCUUUUCUUCCUGAAGACGGUGAUAUUCAUUUCAAUACAAAGUAUUUCUUCGAUGGAGAAACAACUUUGGAUCAGUUUCUCAACACCGCUAUCCACGAAAUUGGUCAUUCCCUGGGGCUUUUGCACACCGAAUCUCAUGAUUCUAUCAUGUAUGCAUCACAGACGAUAUUUCAGGAGCCUCAGCCAGCCGAUAUUGUGGCUAUUCGAAAAUUGUAUGGAAUACGUUCCGGCCCCGAAAAACAACCUCCGCCAGCAACUACGGAGCCUCCUACGGUUCAAACGGAAAGGCCAAGAACCAAAACCAACCUUUGUGCUCUCAAAUCGUACGACACCAUUCUUCUGGAUCAUCGAGGACACGUUUGCGUAUUGGCCGGAGCUUUCUACUAUAACCUCAACGAAACCAAUCCUCCACCACGGAAGCUGAACGCCAAAUGGCCGGGUCUUCCGAAAGGAGUCGACACGGCAAUCACCUAUCUCGACAAGAAAACCUACUUCUUCAAGGGUGAUCAAUACUGGAAGUACAGCAAAAUUAAGCUGGAACCCAAAUAUCCCAAACCGAUGGCCACCGGAUUUCCUGGGGUUCCUAUUUCGAUGGAUGCAAUUCUACUGGCCACAACUGGCGGUGGAUUUCACGCUUUCAAAGAGCACCAAUACUGGUUCUACGAGCUGGGCAAGGAAAAACCGGUCAAGCAGAACUAUCCAAAAUCCAUCACUGAUCUGGCGGGAUUCCCCUCUCGACUGGACGCUGCCCUCGUGACGGCUGCAGGGCGUAGGUUCAUCUUUCGCGGCAUGCAAUAUUUCGAGGUGGGCGGCAACGAGCGGAUCAUUGAUGGGCCCAGAGAUGUCCGAAGGGAUUGGUUCAACUGCUAGCUGCUAGUAACAUUCCAUUUAUCUCACUUAUUAGUAAUUCUCAGUCUGUCGUGCGUGAGUCAUGGUAGCCUCUCAAUCAAAUGUGUUCCUAAUUUACAAUCGGUAGAAUACUGAGCUCCGUUGAAAACAAUUAGACGGCGCAACUAGUUCUAGCAAAGUCAUUAAUCAGUAUCGUAGAAGUAAGGUAUUUAUUUAAUAGUACUUAAGUCACCUUUAUACAGAGAAAUUAACACAAGACAAUAAAUGAA